AUGGAAGAUGAUUAUUGUGCCAGUGAACCUUGGAUCGAUCGAGCAGCGACACUUUGCGAGGAAGAUCCGCGGCAGACAUACCUGGAGCUAAUCAAUACACAACUAUGCUGGUUGUUUCCCGAGUUCGUUCGAAAUCUACAAGCACAAUCGCCCCAUGAACGAGAGAUGAGCAGGACAGCGGUCAUUGAGUACCAUGACAAGACACAAUCUACCCAAGCUGUUUUCAAAACCUCGAAGGAGUUACAGUGUUAUCUUCAGACACCUACAGAUGGAGAAGAAAAUGGACCGCGAAGACGCCUUUUUCUGCUGGAAGACCUUUCGUCAAGUUCCAUCGAAGUCCUUGGUUCACACCUUCGGAUCCCCCCAACUGUUUUUGGCGCUCAUUGGGCAGACCCUACAAACCCUACCUUCAACUAUCGGAAUCCAUUAUCACGUUUCUCUGAAGACGCUUUCGUCGUUAGGUAUCCAUCCACGCAGCCUAUUCGCAUCGAUGCAUCCCCCGAUUUGCAAAGCACUAUAUAUCGCUACAACUCCAAUGUUCAUCGGCACAUCCAUUGUUAUGAUCCUAAAGGUCCGAUCAUCGAUCAACCCAAGAGCUAUCAUGCCUUAUCAUUCUGGACAUCAGGCGUGAGGAAGGACGGCUCGUGGGAUUCCGUGCUUAUAGUUGAUCCUCCAGUCGGGGACUGUGUCAAGUCACUUCCUGAUGGCGUCCUACUCAAGGUCGAUCACUCUUCGAACGAACACGCAUACUCCCGUAUGCAUUCUCUCACCCCAGACUUCAAUACUGUCAGUAUACUUCCUUCGGACCCAGGGGAGUGGGCGCAGGGCUGGAUACACCCUCAAUAUUACUCAAUCUUCGACGAUAUCCUCGCCGUCAAUGAAAGCUCCCAACCACGGGUUCAAGACCCAAGGGUGUCAACCGAAAUAGCACGGAAGCUUGCCAUAUGUUCCUUCCUAACUUUCUUGCGCCGCCGCAUCCUAAACAUGCUCAGGCUUCCGGCCAAUCCCCGUACUACUGCGCUCCAUAUUAAUCGGUGUGACUACCUCCGCGAAUUCGGAGAAGGUGUCCUAAGCAGCUGGCAUCACGAGCUCUUCGGUUUCGUAGUCAACGUAAAAUACAUCAUGGGUAUCAUGGCGAGGGAAGCCGAAGACAAUGUCGUAGCAUUAGGGUUGAACCGCGCAUCUACCGUAGACGAUUUAGGAGCACCUCAAUGGGAACAAGACGGCUGGACUGCGAUCCAGGAGCAUUGUGCCAAGAUCAUCGCCAUGGCAGAAGCUUUCUUACAAUCUUACUUGCAAUUCACCAGCAUGCAGGAAGCACAGGCUGCGAACCGAAAUGCCAUGAGUCUGGCGCGGAUCACCAAUCUGACCAUGGUGUUCAUUCCGCUGUCAACUAUUGCGGCAAUUUUCUCCAUGAGCGAAGAUUUCAUGCCGGGCAAGAGCAAGAGUUGGAUCUUUUGGGUUGCAGCUUUGCCAGUGCUGUUUGUCACGUUUGCGUUGACAACGGAGUCUCGGUCCAGUAUAAAGCGGUGGUGGAAAUUGGGUCAAGAAAGGUGCAGAAAGGAUCGGGUUAAGGCUCAAUACGUGGCGUGA